AUGAAUCCCCAACACAUUCGAAUCGCAUCAGUCGACCUGGGCUUUGAGCAAGACGAUCAAGAGGUCGGAGAGUGCUUGAUAGGCAAGCGAAACAUUAUUGCUGUUCAAUCAGCUCUGAUUCGCGGCGAGGAGGAGGUCUUCCUUUUUAACUGGAAAUCCUUUCCACAGCACCUGUGGCAAUAUGUCUCCCCCUGGGAUCAACGUCCCAUAGGCAAAGAGACUGUCCACCAUUUCACAGAUUUUCCAAAGCGCGACGCGCCCUACGAUCCACUUGGCCCCCUUUCACAAGAUGCCCGAAAGAUGAUAGAAAAUAAACGUUGGAAUGGCAUGAAUUUCAAGUUAAUCAAGGUACUUGCCCAGGGUGGUCAUGGAUACGUCACACUAUGGGAUGUCGUUUUUGAGGACAAGUCUGUCAGGAGGGUCGUGAUCAAGAGACCUAUAGACUCUUCGACUAAUGCUUUCGAUCCUUACAAAGAAGCCGAGUUUCACUUGCGGUAUGACGGUGCUCAACACACGACACAGGUUAUCGACUUACAUCGCGAGGUGGUGGAUAUACGCAACCGUAUGAUAGAAGAUGGCACUAUUGGUACCUGUACUCUCAGACUUGGAAAAGAUUGGAAGGCCGAAGAACAGAAGUGUGUUGUCUUUGAGUAUAUGAAGUUCGGGGACAUGGUCAACAUCAUGCAAACUGUCGCUACGAGAAACGUUCAGAUCCCAGCCCAAGUUCUCUGGGGAAUUUGGGAAUGCCUUGUACUUGCUCUCGCAACCAUUGCUUAUACCCCGUCCGACAGCUCUGGCAACUCUAGUUUUGAAACGUGGUGGAAAGACGUAGUAUCUGAUAGGGACGAGGCACUGGCCUUCCUCGACCAUGUCGAAAGGGAGUGGAAAAUCGAGCACGAUGUUCAUCUCGAUCUAGAAGUUCUCAAUGUUCUUGCGGGUCAUGAUCCAGCUACGCAUCCUAACCAGCCUGUUUUCAAGCUCCAUGACCUCGGUGCCUGGAGCUACAAAAUGAACGAGUGUUGGGAGAGUCACAACGAAGACGAGUUUUGGUCCAUGAGAGACCCUGUUAAGCCUCAUGCCGCGACACCAGAGCAAUUCAGUAGAGAUUGGGAUAGUAUUCGUGUCAGCUUGCCAGAGCCUACCUUGAGACAAUUCUUUGGAGGUGAAGACUUGGAAAGGGAUGGGGGGAUGGAGGUAGCCGGCCGUUUUGGGAUGUGGACCAACAUAUUUCUUAUUGCCAAAGUUAUGGAGUCCAUCAUUACGAGAGAAUUCAGCAGGUUUCCUUACAAAGCUGUUGACCAUGAUGAAACAAACAAGCCGACACAUGGAGGGAGACUCCAGACCCCACAGUUCCAGCACAUCGACAUGGAAUUGCGGCAGAUCGUGACGAGGUGUCUGCACGAGAAGCCUAAAGAUAGGCCCCUUAUUACCCAGCUUCUGAGGAAUAUUUUGGGCCGAAAGGAGCAGGGCUUCAAUAAUGAAGGCCCAGAGUCUGUUCAUCAAUGGUGGAAAACCCUCUUCGAGCCUCAAGCGCCAAAGCCCAUCCCUGCACAAGCACCACCUCCUGCGAAUCCUGUCAAGCAGGUCGUGGUAGCCUCUGCUGCGAAAGGAGGCUUAGCAAUCGCGUCUCACAUGGUGCAAGCAGUUGGAAACCAAGGCGCGCCGAAUCAACCCCAAGCUCCUCGUAAUACUCCUCCUCACUUACGAAGGACCCAACGUGAUAUGAAGGAGCCUCCUGCCCAGCCUCCAGUUCAGCCUCAAGUCCCUCCUCAGGUUCAGCCUCAAGCUCCUCGUGUUACUCCUCCUCACUUACGAAAGCCUCCAUAUGACCAACGAAGAGCCCAACCUGAUGUAUAUGAGCCUCCUGCCCAGCCUCCAGUUCAGCCUCAAGCUCCUCGUGUUACUCCUCCUCACUUACGAAAGCCUCCUUACGACCAACGAAGGGUUCAGCCUGAUAUAACGGAGCCUCCAGCACAGCCUCCAGUUCAGCUUCAAGCCCAGCGGCCUCAAGCCCAGCCCCAAGGCCAGCGUCAAGGCCAACGUCAAGGCCAACGUCAAGGUCAACGUCAAGGUCAACGUCAGGGCCAGUAUAAUGGUCAACGCCAAGGCCAGCGUCAAGCCCAGCGUCAGGGCCAGUAUAAUGGUCAACGUCAAGGCCAGCAUCGAGUUCAGCCCCGAGCCCAACAGCCCCCAGCCCGGCCUCAAGUUCAGCCUCAAUUCCAACAUCAAGCUCACUGGCCUGGACCCAGGCCUCAAGUUCAACCCCAAGCCCGGCCUCAAGUCCAGCCUCAAAUCCAACGUCAAGCUCACUGGCCUGGACCCCCGGCCCAAGUUCAACCCCAAGCUCAGCAGCCUCAAGUUCUGCCGGGAGCUCAGCCUUAUGUUCCUCCUCACCUACGAAGGGGACAACAUAAUGUAACUCCUUCUGCACUAGGUAAGAAUUUGGGGAACAUACAUCUCAAGCGCGCAACCCAAAUAUCUACUACAAAGGUUACACCUGACAUUUCUCUGAAGUCUGUCAAGUCAAGCAAGGUCAGCAAGAAACCUCCAAAAGCUAAGAGGGCAGGGCGUAAAGUGCUGCUUCGGAAGCAUGAUGCUCUUGCGGAGUAUGUUGAGAAAGUGUUGCCGGAUAUGCCUGUGGCUUUUCGCAACCUUUUGACUCGUUCGCAACAUCUCGAAUCGCAACUCGAGAAAGAUGGUUUUCCCGUGUAUUGUUUCGCGAACUAA